UAUUUCCAAAUAAUGAAGAAAAUGAAUUAGCAAAAAAAUUAAUUGGAAAAGUUGGUGGAAAAGCUACUGUUCUUCAUACUCCAAUUACACGGAAAAAGUUAAUUAAUUUAUUUAUGCAUAUGGAAAGCAGUUACUCUGCUGCUAAUAAAAAUGAUAAGAGCCUGCAUGUUAAUGAAAAUAUUUUGAAGGGAGUAGCGGAUAAGUUUUAUAAGUCUGAAGUUGCAUAUCAAGAUAUAUAUAAAGACAUAACAAAAAGUGAUUCUAAGAUGAACAAAUGCAUUUUAUGUGUGGAUGAUAAUUCUAUUAGUCUAGAGAACACAUUACAACAAGUUUCAAAACUUGGUUAUUCAACAAUUUCUGCAACCAAUGGUCUAGAAGCAGUCACAUUGAUUGAUUCGACAACCCCGAGUUCAUUAUUUUCAGAUAUAGAUCAUAUAAAGUCUCAUGAAAUUUCAUUAAUUUUAACAGAAUAUAAUUUACCAAUCAGUUGCGGAUUAGGCACAUCAUUUCACUCACCAGUAAACCAUACUCUGC